CUUUUGCACGCUGCUUACGGGUUGAGCAUGAGGCACAGCAUUCCGCGCGCUCUCGCAGUACUUACCUCGGCCAUCCCUCAGCCAUGACAGAGACAAACCCGACUCGUCCACCCACCACACCCGACGAGAUGCCUGUUGAUAUUAAUGCGCCUGGCGCGUCAGCCCGUGGAAGAUCGGACAUGCCGCAACCACCAGCACAUUGGCCUGGGUAGCUGCCGCCAAGACUGGCCCGUUCGUACAGCUACAACAAUGCCCCUCCUGCAACAGCCCUAGACCUGGUUGCUCCGCCAUCCAAGACGUCCGGCCCUUCCGCAAGAUAACCGUCAUGCUCUUGCCCACACAGUUAAAUACCGCCUGUAUCCGCCUGGGACAGUGAAGCGAACCUGAUCUCAACUUUAGCCCCUUCACGCCGUCACCACCACUAGCUAUCCGCAGCCAUGUCCUACUCUCCACCAGCUUCUGCCAAGCCAUUUACGCUCCACGUCUCGGACCACGACCUGUCUGAGUGGAGGCAGCUCCUCCAGCUGUCCAAGCUUGCCCCCGAAACAUGGGAGGGGCACCAGCAAGACCGCCGCUUUGGCGUUACCCACAAAUGGCUCUCCGAGACAAAGGACUACUGGCUCAACAAGUACGAUUGGCGUGCAGCUGAAGCACACAUCAACUCUUUCUCCAACUACAGGAUGCAGAUUGAAACCGUUGACGUGCAUUUCGUUGCUCUGUUCUCGGAGAAGAAGGAUGCCAUCCCCAUCAUCCUCAUGCAUGGCUGGCCUGGGAGUUUUAUCGAGUUUCUGCCAAUGCUCAAGUUGGUGAAAGAUAAGUAUUCGGCAAAAGACCUGCCUUACCACUUGGUCGUGCCAUCGCUGCCGGGAUACACUCUCAGUACUCUGCAAUCCACAAAGGACAAGUGGACGAUGAAGGACACUGGCCGUGUCAUGAACCAGCUGAUGCUGAACCUGGGCUUCAGCAAGUAUAUCUCACAGGGAGGAGACGUGGGUAGUUUUAUCACGCAAAUCCUGGCUGCAAACUAUGAUGAGUGCGUGGCAUUGCACAUGAACUUGGCGUCCCGUACUUCGGAACCAGACGCGAACACCGUCAUGACCCAAGUAGAGCAAGAGGCGGUUCAACGUUCUAAGACGUGGUACAAGUAUGGUACCGCUUACGCUCAGGAACAUGGCACGAGGCCGAGUACCAUUGGCAACGUCCUAAGCUCGAACCCACUCGCCCUCUUGGCAUGGAUCGGCGAGAAGCUGUUGGAGUGGACAGAUGAGGAUCCUUCGCUCGACGACAUCCUGACGAAUAUUUCGCUGUACUGGUUUACCAGUUGCUUCCCUACUACUCUUUACCCGUACCGCGCAUUGUUUGGCGAAGAUAGCAUGGAUCUUGGACCGACCAACAAGCCGUUCGGGUACUCCUUCUUCCCCUACGAGCUGAGGCCGGGCGUCAAGAGCAUCUUGGAAAAGGAGACCAACCUUGUCGCCUACAAGGCCCAUGAGCGGGGCGGGCACUUUGCGGCCUUGGAGCAGCCACAGGCGCUCUUGGAGGAUGUCGAGGAGUUUGCCCAACAGGUCUGGAAGGUAUGAAGUGGUCAAUAGUGCCAGUGACAGGGGCGCAGCAAUGACGGGCGGACAUAGGGAUCCAAGGCCGCCUCGGCCGCAGCAUCGAGGCUAUAAUAGCUGGACAGCAUGCCCACACCUGUUUUGGCCAAGGUGCAUAGUGGGAAUACGUGGCCCCUGUACUUAGGCAUCCCAAUGGCCCAAGAUGGCUCCCUCUCGCUCACACACAGACACGCAGUAGUGGUCCUGUCGCUCCGGUGUUCUAGUCGACCACCACGUGCCCAGCGUAUAAAUAAAGAGAUUUUUUAGCCAGUGACGG